GUUUUGCUGGUCAUCUUUCGUAGAAGAAGAAGAAGAAGAGGAAGCAGCCGAAGAAGAAGAUUGAUAACAUCGGCGUUUGAGUAACAGAGAGAUUGAGACAAGUAUAGAAAUGGCGAUGAAGGGUUAUUUGGAUGAAUAUGAAAAGCUUGUGAUUAGGAUGAACACUCCAAGGGUCGUUAUCGACAAUGGUGUUUGUUCUUCAGCGACAAUUGUCAAGGUUGACAGUCCAAGAGGACAUGGUAUACUGCUAGAAGCCGUUCAAAUCCUCACCGAUUUGAAUCUCUCAAUUAAAAAAGCUUACAUCUCAUCUGAUGGUAGAUGGAACAUGGAUGUUUUCCAUGUGACUGAUAUAAACGGAAACAAACUAAAUGAUCAGAGCGUCUUAAGUUACAUCGAACAGUCCAUUGAGACGGUUUACUACGGAGAAGACAUUGAAGUAAACGGUUUAACAGCCUUAGAGUUAACCGGAACAGACCGAAUCGGUUUACUAUCCGAGAUGUUUGCUGUUCUCUCCGACCUCAACUGCGAUGUGGUUGACGCUAAGCUAUGGACACACAACGGUAGAGUUGCCUCUAUCAUCUACCUCAAAGACUGCACCACAGGAUCUCCGAUUCUUGAUUCUCAUCGGUUAUCAAAGAUCGAAGGACGGCUAAAGAACGUUUUGAACGGCGAUAACGACGUUAACUCCGCUGCAAAGACUUGCGUUUCGAUGGAUGUGAUGACGCACGUUGAACGUAGGCUUCACCAGCUUAUGUUUGAAGACAGAGACUACGAGAAGAGGUCCAAGAGACAUGAGAGAGAUCCUAUGGUGGUUGUGACGGUUCAGAAUUGGGCUGAGAGGAGUUACUCUGUGGUUAAUGUUCAUUGUCGGGACAGGACUAAGCUUUUGUUUGACGUGGUUUGCACGUUAACGGACAUGGAGUAUGCUGUUUUCCAUGCUACUAUCAACACGUCUUCAGACCAAGCUCACUUGGAAUUCUAUAUCCGGCAUAAGGAUGGAUCACCGAUAAGUUCAGAAGCAGAGAGACAACGAGUGAUACAAUGCUUAGAAGCUGCAGUGGAAAGAAGAGCAUCUGAGGGUGUGAGAUUAGAGCUGAGACAUCCAGACAAACAAGGUUUACUAGCGGAAGUUACACGGACGUUUAGGGAGAACGGUCUGAAUGUUACGAGAACAGAGAUAUCAACGAGCUGCGGCAUGGCUACAAACAUAUUCUAUGUAACUGAUGGGAAUGGAGAUGGAGCUGACUCGAAACUGAUUGAAUCGGUUAGGGAGAAAAUCGGUUUAGAGUGUUUAAGAGUGAAGGAAAUGCCAUCUUUGAAUCAUAAAAAGGGAGAUGGAGAAGAAGAGCAACAGACUAAAGCAGUGUUGGUUUCACUUGGGAGUUUGGUUUGGAGAAAUCUAGUCAGCUUUGGUUUGAUCAAAUCAUGUUCUUAAAAUCUCUUUCAAAUUCUUGGGGUUAAAAGAACCAAACCGGUUUGAUAAAAUUCAUAGUUUGAGAGGCACGUAGACUUUUUAGCUUAAGAAGUCUACGUGCCUUAAAAAUGAAUGAUUUCUCUAUUGGUUUGGUUCUUUUGGUAAAUUUAAUUUUAAGUUAUGAGUGAUGUUUAGUUAUAUUCUUGUAAAUAGAGGAAAAGAGGAGAGUGACGAUUAGAAAUUCAGAAUUGAUUGCUUUCUUAUUGUGGGGUUUUAGCUGUUGGAGAAAGGUUUGUAUAAAGUUUCUAAAAUUAAUUUUGUUUGUGUGUGUUGUUUGUUAAGUUAUUAGUGGCUGACUUGAAUUUUC